UAUCUAGUGACAGUUAUGGCAUGGUGGUCGUUUUUGGUGUUAGUCUGUGUCGUUUUGGUGGUUUCACAAAAGAAUCAUUUUGUUUUUGGAGAACCUCAAGUGCCUUGUUAUUUUGUCUUUGGAGACUCACUUUCUGAUGUUGGAAAUAACAACGAUCUCUUGACCACUGCGAAGUCCAAUUACGCUCCUUAUGGUAUUGACUACCCCGAGGGCCCUACUGGAAGGUUUGGCAAUGGCCGCAUCUUGGUAGACAUCAUAGCUGAACUGUUGGGGUUCGAGAAAUCCCCUCCACCCUAUGCUUAUACAAGGGGUGUGGACAUACUAAAAGGUGUUAAUUAUGCGUCCGGUGGAGCAGGAAUUCUGAAUGAAACUGGAAGGCACAUGGGUGAUGAGAUACCUAUGGAUGAGCAGCUACAAAAUCACAAAAAAAUAGUCACAAAAAUCGUUAAACAAUUCGGAAAUGACAAAUCAUUGGCUGCAAAUUACCUCGCGAAGUGCAUAUACACAGUCACUAUCGGCUCGAAUGACUACCUUAACAACUACUUCUUGCCUCAAUUCUACCCUACGAGCCGAGAAUACACACCUGACCAAUUCGCAACAUUACUCUUCCAACGAUACUCGCAACAACUUCAGCAAUUAUAUGAUCAAGGAGCAAGGAAAGUAGGCGUGUUCGGGUUGGGUCUAUUAGGGUGCACCAUCCUAGUGAAGGAAUGGUACGGCAUAGAAGGCGACUUAUCAUGUGCUGAAAAUGUAACUUACGCCGUCAGUCUUUUCAAUGAAAGGCUUGAAUCGCUCGUAUACAAUGACGAUCUAGUUGGUGCUAAAUUCACUUAUAUUAAUUUUGCCGGUAUUGGAUUGACUGGGUUUUCUGCACUUACAGGUUUUACGGUAUUAUCUACUAGUUGUUGCACGGUGAGGGCUACUGAUGGCGCUUGCAUUCCUAAUGAAAAUCCAUGUGACAAUAGGGGAGAUUAUGUGUUUUGGGAUGCAGUGCAUACUACUGAGGCUGCAAAUGCGAUAUAUGCAACAAGAGCAUAUUCUGCUUUGUUACCAACAGAUGCUUAUCCUUAUGAUUUACAAUACCUCGCUACGCUUGAUUCAUCGAUAGAAAGUUUUCAGGACCAGUUGAAGGCAUCGCUCAGCUCUGAUUGA